AUGGCCCAGCAGCUUCGCGUUGAUGAGCAGGCGGGCCCCGGCUCGCAGCGAUCCGUCAGCAUGCCAAACGUGCUCGCGAACUCGAAUGCUCACCAGCGCCGCUACAACGAAAAUACCGAGUCCUGGAUCGAAGUCGCUUCUCAGCCAUCGUCCUCGUCGCUCUCCAGCAUCGGCGAUGAAAUCGUGACAACGGGGCUGCGCGUUAGGGGCUCUGACAGCCGUGACAACCGUCGCCGACGACAGCAGGCACCCGCGAGAUCGGUACCGCGUGUACAGACAACCAUCCCCGUUACGGGGACCGGCAGCCAGGAUGAAUACGAUGAAAGCGACAGCGAGGAAGAUCACGUCCUCUCCAGCUCGGCAGAAAAUAUACAGCCGUCGCCGGAGGAGAAUAUGGAGGACUCUGACGGCGAGUCGGACGGAGACGCAGACACGGCGUUAGGACAAGCACACCAGCCCGUCUUCCGGCCACAGCCAAAUGCAUUCUCGCAUCCUCCGUCACACCAGCGAAGCUACUCGUCCAAUGCGACCAUGUCUCCGCAUCCUCAUAGGGAGUUUACCCGUCCGUCCUUCUCUCAGCGCUCGAAUACGAGAGUGCAGCGUGGCCCCAGCUUCAUGUCGCCAUCGGUCCGGGAAGACAACGACGAAGCCCUCCGUGCGUCUUUGACCACUCUCCUGUCGUGUGCUGCAGCAGCUAGAGGCCUGCCCAAGAGUAAGGAUGAAACGGAGGCGCAGCGGGCAGCACAAACCGGAGUUGGACCCAGUAGCCAGCCUAUGGAGCUGCGGUUCGUUCCAGAAAAGGAGCUGGAGGAAGAGUCUGAGAAGCCUCGGGCGGCGGCCACCCCAGUCAACAAACAUGGACAGUCCUCCCCUGCUAGGUCAAGCUCGCAGACUCAAUCGUCAUCCGACAGAGCCAAGCGGACAGUAUCAACUGGCCGAAACCCUCGGGCGACGAAGAAGAAGAGGACGGCGACUGUUACUGCUGUUACCGAGGAGACGUUUAUUUCCCCGACCCUUCUCACUUGGGUCGUCAGUGCUGGUGUCGUCGUGCUCGUAUCCGUAGUUGGCUUUGGAGCCGGGUACGUUAUUGGGCGCGAAGUAGGCCGCCAGGAAGGCCUGGCUGCAAGUGUCAACAGCGUCAACGAUACUGCAUCUUCCGGCCGUGACGUUCUUCGCUCAUCUGGCGGCGGUUUAAGACGGUUCAGAUGGGGCGACGUCGGAAGAAGCAUUGUCGCCCAAGCGUAA